UCCUCGUUGCACUUCUAUGCAUAGUCUUAAUUUGAGUUGCUAUAUAUUCAUCUGAAGUUGUUCGUCAAAACUGUGAGUCAAUCUUGCACAAGAAUACAUAGUUUUGUGAAAUGUGCUUAGACAGUGGUGGUUCUCUGAAAUUUAUAUUGCUCCGAAAUCAACUACUCGCUUUUGGAUUAAGUUGUCUACGGUGUUUGUGGAACAACAGGCUUAGAUACACGCUCUCGGUUUUUAGAUGCUCAAUCCAUCCUUGUGGAAUGGAUGCAGUUUGUUUGUUCAUUAGUGAUACUGUGAGGAAUUCUUACCAAGCAUGUAGAAUUCUUACCUUGUGGCUUUGUUCCGUUUGAGUUCAAUUCAGGUUGCUGCUGCCUUUGCAAUUGUCUUGUAAAUUACUGUAGUACUCCUACCAUCAGUCAGACUGCGGGGGAAACUGCAGAUUUUGCCAUCAAACAUAACAGCGCAAAUCAAGUUAGUUAGCUCCUCAUGUUUCAGUUCGAUGGUUCCUAAUCAAGUUGCAAGUUUGUAACACCACUGCCACUGCUGUAUUGUUUCAGUUCGACGGUUCCUAAUCACGUUGUGCUAUGGAUUACACUAACCUCCUAGUGAAUGAGGCUGAAGAUUCUCAAGAUGCUGCUCCUACUAAUGAUCCAACCAUCCAUCAAAUUCCUGCAGCAACCAAGAGUUCGCAGGGUAGAACAAAAAAAUUCAGUUCUGUGGAGGACAUACUUCUUGUGUCAGCUUGGCUAAAUGUGGACAUGAAUCCUGUACAAGGAGUAGAUCAAUCACAGGGCACAUAUUGGAGAAGAAUUUAUGAAUAUUUCCAUGGAAACAAGACAUUCGAGUCAACUCGUACAGAAGUUUCUUUGAUGAAUCGUUGGUCUGGUACACAACAUGAUGUGAACAUAUUUUGUGGAUGUUUGUCCAGGAUUGAGGAUAGGAACCAAAGACACCAAAGCGGUUCUAAAGUAGAUGACAAGAUUGCAAAUGCAUGUGCACUUUUCAAGGCCGAGAAGGAUAGGAAGUUUAACUUGAUGCAUUGCUGGAAUAUCCUAAAGGAUAAGCCCAAGUGGAUGGAGAGGCGUAAGGAAAUUGCAACUGCCAAAAAAACAAGCAAUAAGAAACAAAAGACAAUGGCAAUUUCAGCUCCUGCAUCAGUUGUCCCAGCAGAUGCCCCUGCUGCCCCAGCAACUGCUGGUGAUGUUGGUGAACCAGCAGGAAGACCUGACGGAAAGAAGAAGAAACAGAAGCUAUGGCAACGUUCGAUCGUCGAAGCAGUGGACUAUCUAAUGGCAAAGAAGAAAGAAGCUGACCUUGAGAAAGGCUUGAAGAAAGAAGAGAGGUGCAACAAAGCCUUUGCUCUGCAGGAAGAAAGGAUCAAAUUGGAUAGGGAAAAGUUUGAGUUCGAGAGAGAGCUGGAAGAGGACAAAAUUAUUGCUUUGGAUUUGAGCAAAAUGACAUACAAACAACAGCAGUAUUAUGAAGAUCGUAAGAAUAAGAUUCUUGCUAGGCGUUUGAAUAUGUAGCUUCUGUCCAGUCAGUCAGUCAGUUCAUGAACCUUUGUCUAGCUUUGUCGGUCAUAGUACUGUUUGAGUUAUCUGGUGUGGUACUAUUAAGUAAUUUCUGGGUAAUGUGCACUGGAACAAGACUCGUGUUUGCUAUAUAUUUUUAUCGUCUGGAUGCACUGGCUUGU